CGACAUCGGCGAACAUUAUCUGGUGAGGCGUAUUGAUGAUUCAUGGCGGCCUGCUGAGAUAAUACAGCCCCGGUAUAAUGCGGCUGAAUCUUGUUACGAAUAUUACGUUCAUUAUGUGGGGUGCGAUCGAAGGCUUGAUGAAUGGAUAAAUCUGGCCGAAAAAUAACACGUAAUCAGAAACGUAAACAUGAUGAAAUUAAUCACGUUCAAAAAACAUACGCAGAUAUGGAUCCAACUACAGCAGCUCUUGAAAAAGAGCAUGAAGCUAUAACUAAGGUUAAAUAUAUUGACAGGAUACAGUUUGGAAAAUACGAGGUGGACACAUGGUAUUUCAGUCCUUAUCCUGAAGAAUAUGGCAAACAAUCGAAAUUAUUUAUUUGUGAGUACUGUUUGAAAUAUAUGCGGCUAGAAAAAACAUACAGGUAUCAUAUUGGUGAAUGCCCUCAACGACAACCACAAGGCAAUGAAAUUUACAGAAAAGGAACUAUUUCAAUCUUUGAGGCAGAUGGUAAAGAACAUAAAUUGUAUUGUCAAAAUCUUUGUUUGUUGGCAAAGUUAUUUCUGGAUCACAAAACACUUUAUUUUGAUAUUGAACAAUUUUUGUUUUAUACAUUGUGUGAAGUUGACAAAAAUGGUGCACAUUUAGUUGGGUAUUUUUCAAAAGAAAAGGACUCUUUAGAAGGUAACAAUGUUGCCUGUAUUUUAACACUCCCCCCUUUUCAAAGACAAGGUUAUGGUAAGCUGCUGAUUGCUUUCAGUUAUGAACUAUCAAGGCUAGAAAAAGUUGUUGGAAGUCCAGAGAAACCUUUAUCAGAUUUAGGAAAAUUAAGUUACAGGUCCUAUUGGUCAUAUGUAAUACUAGAAGUAUUGAGUGUAACAAGAGGUAUCAUCAGUAUUAAAGAUUUGAGUAGUAUGACUGGAAUUGCCCCCACAGAUAUAAUUUCUACUCUCCAGUCUAUGAAUAUGGUUAAAUAUUGGAAAGGCCAACAUGUGGUCUGUGUCACUCCGAAGAUGGUGCAAGAGCAGCUUGCAUCACCCUAUUUUAAAAAGCCACGUUUGACUAUUGAUCCAACAGCUAUAAGGUGGACUCCACCACCCAAACAAGCACCUUCGGCUAAAGUUAAGAAAUAAAUUAACCUAUGUACAAAUUAAGAUUAACAGUGUUAGCCAAAUGUUCUGAUUAAUUAAUUAAAAACUUAGCAGAAUUGACACUCAAUAAUCACAUUUGGAUAAAAUGUUAAAAGCAUUCUAUACCUGUGUUGGAAGUAGUUUGUUCUUGUGCUUUUUAUAGUCAUUGUGUAAUAGAUGCUCAUUGGUAACUUUGCAUAUUUAAAUUAAAAUCUUUUUGGUUAUUAUGUGAGUUUGUUCCUGAUCCUGCUUAAAACAUAUUUAAUUCUUAGCAAUUGGGCUGUCACAUGUUCCUAUGUACUUACAUAAAUUAUUAUACAGACUGACAAUAAAAAAAUGUUUUGUUGAAACCACAGCCUACAGAUUAUGUUGUACAGACAUUGCUCAUAUUACUCAUACUAAUUUUAAGUUUACUAACUUCAACAUCAAUAUAUCUGCAAUGCCUGAUUAUGAUUUAUGUGUUGCAUUAAAAAUGCUAAACUAACUUUAACUUAACUUACAUAGCUAAUUUAAUUUUUCAUACUAGUGUACAGACUGCAUUCUAACCAAAGUAACUGAAAUAUGGGGAGCAAAUUUAAUUGUGUAAAGUAAAGAUAAUUAAAGUAGCAAAACACUAACAGCCAUUUUCAAUAACCUAUCUAUUCUUAGUUAUACAAACUAGAGUUAGACAAAUCUAUCCUUUACACUUACUUACAUUUCAAUAAUCUAUUGGCAGAUAGCAUUGGACUAUAACUAUAUUUGGCAUAACUAUGGAUAGAUAAAAUCUUGUCAUUAAACAGUGCAUAAUUAGUUAUUCCAAACCAAAGCUGACCGCUUGGGCUACAACCAAAAAGUUUGUAUUGACCUACUUGAAUUGUUUAUUGAUUAAUGUAUAAACACACGACUGAAUUUUGAAUAUUAAUAAAUGUGGAAGUUACAAUCAUUUAUUCUAAUAUUUCACAUGCUUUACAGUUUGCUUGUUAAAAGCUGAAAGAUUAUAACAUUUGUCAGGUUAUCAAGUUAAAAGGUUGUGGGGAAAAGUAAAUAAUAUUAAUAUUUACCAUAAUAUUGUUGUUAUGACAAUGACAAGUAACUCAUAAAUGUAUAAUCUUUUUACAUGUGUAUGAUAAUUUAGUUUAGCUUUAGUCUUUUUAACUUUUUCACUGUGAGACUCAUUACUUUGUUUGAUUCAAUAAAAUCAUUGCGAUAAUUUUCUAGUAAUAGUAUAUGUACUGAAAUAAAGAGAAAAAUGAGAUUUUGGUGCUUUUUAUAAUGUAAGUGUGAGAAAGAAAGAUACAUAUGUCAGCUUGAUGUGUUUACAAGCGCUACCAACGUCAUGAACUGUCAUAAAACAUUGACAUUUUUUAGUUCAUAAUUAAUGAUUGAUUUGAUAAGACAUCCCAAUUAAUUAUAAUAUUUAUUUAACUACUUACUGUGUUAGUAUUGUUUUAUAUAAUUAUAACUAUAAUUUUAUUAUAGCAAAUUGUAUUCAAUUCUUUGGUUAACUUAUUUCGUCAACUGUUUGGUGUCAAUAUUGUUUGGUGUCAGUUGGUAGCAUCCUCACUGUGAUGGUCAUGCCCUAUGCCAGAGUGCUCAGUUCGAGAGAACAAUAAUUAUUGUGAAUUGUAAGGGGUAAUUGCCCAAAUUGUAUUGAGUCAUUUAUUAUAAUAAUUAUUAUUAGUGGAAAUAGUAAAAUACAGAUUUUCUAUUUUA